CGUUCGAGGUGACUAUAAGCGGAGCCAAUCACAGCUUUUCGCUUGACGAAAUCAUCUCAAAAGCCUCUGGCUCUUAUCGACUUGUUGGUUUUCUCUUGCGCAAAUCAUCCCUGUCGUACAAAGUGUUUAUCACGUUUCUUAAGCAAACAAACUUUAAAAGGUAACGUGUCGGAGUACUGAGAGCAGAACACCGGUCACUUUGAAAGGAAAGUACUGAUCAGUGAUCAGAAUAUCAAGAAGAAAGAUCUUGAAGGUCCAUUUUUAUUCAAAAGCAUCUCACAAGCUUUUUAGCUUCUUAGACAAGAUCCCAAAUAGGAUAAAAAUUGGCUCGUCAUUUUUUGGUAUAAUUGACAUCUAUUAUUGAUCAAAGAAAUUGCAAUUUCCUAACACAACAACAGGAAAGGCUGAAUCGAACAAUCAACAAGACAUUCAAAUUCCCUUUCUCUGGCGAAGGAAGACGAUAAAAAGCUAGUGGAACUGUAAGCUUAUGCUUUGGAGUGGUGCAAAAUGCCUCGUAGAUGCAAUUGUUCAAAGAUGAAGACAAAAUUCUUGUCCAAAUUUCAUCGACCAUCUUCGUAUAAACAGGAACAAGACGAACCCGAUGAUCAAAAGACAAAACAAAGCAAGCGCAAAAACCACGAAGCUGAAACAAAUGUUCAAGCUAAAAAUAUCCAGGAGAAUGCAUCGAAAAUUGCAGAAAAGGAAGAAUCGUGCUUGGAAAACUGUAAAACGCAAACACUAAAGCUCCAAGAAACGUGCUAUUUACGAGUCUGCGAGGAAUAUGGCGACAAAAUCGAUGAAACAGAAGAACGAGAGGGAAGGGAGGAAAGGGAAGAAAGUAUUGCAGCCAGUGGCUCAASAAGAAAAAUGUCAACACAUUUCGAUAGACUUCGCAGCUUGUUGAAGCCUACUAACAGGCGGGAUGCAAUCUGUGACGAGAUGGAAAAAAAGAUCGAGCCGGCGAAAGGAGUUAGUCUCAGGCAGUACAGAAAAUUCCUCGCGACGAGCUCUGUCUUGCAAGAACUAAAGAUGUUGUAGGUGCUAAUUACUAUGGAAGCUAGCUAGGGACUGACUAUAUAUAAGGGAUAUAGGUCAGGAAAAUUAAGGUGAUUCAGCUCCUAUUUGAAGGUUAUU